AGCAUGGGCAGCAGGGUCACCCCAGCACCACGCUUCAUAAAGGGCGCCGUUACAAAAGGUUUACUGUUACUCUGAUGACUGCCAGGGACACAAUAAGACUGAAUGUGCUGGCCUGAUGAUUCUCCAUUCCUCUCCAUUUUUCACUUGAUGACAAGAAGGACAGACUGGCAGGACAGCAUGUUAUCAGAGGACGCCCCUGAAGUAACCUCACGGACUAAUGGGGCUGAUACUGUUGAGCCUGAUUCUCCGGUUCUGGAUCAGCAGCGUGGAGGGAUCAUGUUCAGCCGGCAGCGCUGUGACUUGUGACGACUGUCUGCAGCUCAGUCCUCACUGUGCCUGGUGCACACAGGAGAAUUUCACAGACUGGUUUUCAGUCAGCGAGAGAUGUGACACACUGGAUAUCUUACUAGAAAAAGGAUGUGCCAGGGACCAGCUUGAGUCCCCUGUUUCCGAAGGCCAAAUCCUGCAGGAUCGCCCACUUGGGAAGGUCGGCAACGUUAACAGCACUCAGAUCUCGCCACAGAAAAUGGCACUCAGGCUGCGCGUUGGCAGUCAGGUGACUUUCCAGGUCAAGAUUCAACGCACAGAGGACUACCCUGUGGACCUGUACUACCUGAUGGACCUGUCAGCAUCCAUGUUUGACGAUCUGAAGAAGAUCAAAGACUUGGGCUCCUCUCUGUCCAAAGAGAUGGCCAGUCUCACUAGUAAAUUUCGAAUGGGCUUUGGCUCGUUUGUAGAGAAACCCACUCUGCCCUUCAUCAAAAUCACAGAGGAAGAGCUGGCCAACCCCUGCAGUGGUGCAAAUCCAGACUUAACCUGCCUGCCAACUUUUGGAUAUAAACAUGUCUUGUCCCUGACAAGCAGCACUGACAAGUUCAACGAGAUAAUCGCAAUGCAGCGCGUGUCUGCAAAUAUUGAUGUGCCAGAGUGCGGAUUUGAUGCUGUAAUGCAGGCAGCCGUUUGUGGGGACAAGAUAGGCUGGAGGAAUGACUCGAUGCGUUUGCUGGUGUUUGUCAGUGAUGCUGACUCACACUUUGGGAUGGACAGUAAGAUGGCCGGCAUUGUGAUUCCCAACGAUGGGGAGUGUCACCUGGAUGUGAACAACGAGUACUCCAUGUCCACAGUGCUGGAGUAUCCAACUCUUGGCCAGCUGAUUGAUAAGGUGGUGGAGAACAACAUCUUUCUGAUAUUUGCUGUGACAGAACCACAGAUACCAAACUAUAAGAACUAUGCAAACCUCAUACCUGGCGCAACGGUUGGAGUCUUGGCGGAAGAUUCGCGAAACAUCCUGGAACUGAUCGUAACAGCAUACAAAGAACUGCGUUCAGAGAUCGAACUGGAGGUCCUUGGAGACACAGAAGAGCUCCAGAUGUCCUUUACAGCCAUUUGCCCGAAUGGGACCGUCCUCCCUGAUCUAAAGCGCUGCUCCAACAUAAAACCUGGAGAGACGGUAGUGUUCAACGUGACUGUGGCGCUCCCAGGAUGCCUGUCAGGAGUUCAGCACUUCUCCCUCAAGCCGGUGGGUUUACAGGACAGUUUGGACGUCGAGCUGGAGUCUCUUUGCUCGUGUGACUGCCAGCGGCCUCCCGAAGCAAACAGCAGCCGGUGCGCCGAGGGCCAAGGGGCUUUCCAGUGUGGCGUGUGCGUGUGUCAGCCGGGCUACCUGGGAGCACAGUGCGAAUGCAACGAGGAAAGCGUUUUGUUGAGUAACUGCCUCGCAAACAAUGAGUCCGAGGUCUGCAGCGGUCAGGGCCAGUGCUACUGCGGCCAGUGCGUGUGCCAUUCAUCCAGCUUUGGGCGCAUCUACGGGCCCCAUUGCGAGUGUGACAAUUACUCCUGUGCUCGCUUCCGUGGGGAGCUCUGCGGAGGCCACGGGGUGUGUGACUGCGGGGAGUGUCGCUGCGAGAGCGGCUGGACGGGGGAGUACUGCAACUGCAGCGCCGGCACCGAGGCGUGCGUGUCGGGGGACGGAGAACUCUGCAGUGGCCGGGGGAGGUGUGAGUGUGGCCACUGUGUCUGCUCGGUGCCUGGAGCGUCGGGGGACAAGUGUGAGAAGUGUCCAACGUGUGGAGACGCCUGUAGCUCCGCAAGGGCUUGUGUAGAGUGCCAUCUGGAAGAUCAGGACGGUGCAGAGUUGUGUGAUAACAAGUGCAGCAUCCCUAAAAUUUUUAUCAACACAACAGCAGAUUAUGGCAAGGGCUCUUCUAUGCCAUGCAAGGUAAUGAUGGAGAAUGAGUGCUGGAUAUCUUUUAACGUGGCAGGAGGUGACACGGGGACCACUGCCUACAAUCUAGAGAUGUACGGUUGUCCGGAGCCUCCAAACAUCCCCAUGAUUAUUCUGGGGGUCUCCCUUUCCAUCGUGUGCAUCGGCCUGAUCCUGCUGGGUGUGUGGAAGGUGCUGGUGUCGGCCCACGACCGUAAGGAGGUGGCAAAGUUUGAGGCUGAGAGGUCAAAGGCAAAAUGGCAGUCGGGGACCAACCCUCUGUUCCGAAGCUCGACAUCCACGUUCAAAAAUAUAACUUAUAAGAGCAGAGAGAGAGAAAAGAGUAUUACACUGAGUCACUACUGAUGAUGAACUGGAGACGAUGCAAACCAACGUCUGAGUGCACUUAAGUGUGUGUGUGUGUGUGUGUGUGUGUGUGUGUGUGUGUGUGAGAGAGAGAAAGAGUAAGAGAUGGAGGGAGAAAACUUUGUCCUACAAUUUGUUUUUGUACAGAUCUCUGUGCUAAUUCGGCCAUGUUGAGACACAGUGACGCUGUGAACAGACGAACACUACGUGAUGAACUUCCUGCUGUUAAAGUGCACUGAUGAUGUACUGUUAAAUACUGCACUUUCCUGUCGCACGAUCCUACAAAUGUUAACAUGUUGUUGUCUCCUGUAACAUGCAGUUUGGAGAGGAGGCGUCUACACUACGAGUGCUCUACUACUGAAAAGAAAUCCUUGUUUUAUUCUAAUGAAUGUAAAUAUACAAGUGGACAAUUGUGUUUUUUUUAAAUAUUGUGUUUGUUGUUUUAUUGUGAAGCAAGGCUGAGCCUUUAAGAAUAGGUUUUUUAGUGGCGUGGCACAUAAAUAAAGUUGAAUUCUGA